AUGAAAGUCCACCAGUUCUCGCACCGGCCAGCAUCCAUCAACACUCUCCCUGUCGAACUUCUCACUCGAAUAUUCGUUCUGGGCGCGGGAUACGACUAUCUCUAUGAAGAUUCGCCUUUCUUACUCAAGCCCAACCAAGAUAUUUACCCACCUCCCUCCUCCUUCCAGACGCUGGCCUCCCAUGUGUGCCACCGCUGGCGCCAGAUAGCCAUCCGGACUCCCUCCUUAUGGAAGACCAUCCACCUUCGGGAGCCAGUCCACAUCCCCCGUGCCAAAGCCUACCUCGAGCGAUGCUCUGCAUCCAGCAACUACCUAUUGGAUAUCCUAGUGGAUACUGUGGCGCAGGAAGAGCAUAUCCCCGGGGUCACACUCUGCCGCGAGGAGAUCAACGCCAUCUUUGAAUUGAUCAUCCCCCACGUCGCUCACUGGCGAUCGUUCCACCUCAAGGUCCGUGACAACGAAUGCAAGCUUUCGGCCAGACACUACCUCGGCUCUUGUGGUCCAGCCCCACGAUUGGAGACCCUCCAGCUGUAUCACUUCGAGGACUAUCGCACAGCGCAGAACCUGUACUUAGCGACGUAUCGGCCACCAGUCGUUGUGUUCAGCAAUUCCCUCCCCAGGUUGCGGAACGUGUCCUUGAUCGGGGUCAACCUCCCAUGGACCCGUAGCCCCUACCUGGUGAACUUGGAAAAGUUGGAGCUUGCUCUCCAUCCCGACAACAUACGACCAUCCUACGAAUGCUGGGAUCAUAUCCUCCGAAACAGCCCCAACCUCCAGAGUCUCAACCUUCAUUAUUCCGGCCCCCGAGUGGACACGGGGGAGGACAAGCUCGCUUGGCACGAGACCAGCAACAAGAUAAUCCUCGAGCAUUUGACGGACCUAGGGUUGACGGACCUCGACCCGGACUACCUCUGUGACCUUAUGGAGAGGUUGCAUCUCCCCAACGUGAAGAAGAUUACGUGGGAUUUGUGCGAUCAGGACUAUACCACCUUCAUCGACCUCGUUACUCGCAAGACCGAGGUUACGGUCAUGGCCACGCCCCCUGCAACCCCGCCCAUCGGCAGCGAUUCUCGUUCGAAGAUGUCCGUCUCGUCAUUGUUAUCAGACACGGUGUUGGAUAGACAGGUGGUAUCCCCAUCACCGACCACGAUGUCCAUUUAUACCGGCCCACUUCCCAACAUAUCCAAGCUCGAAACCGUAGUCAUAUCCGCUUUAGAUUGCAGCCUUCGAAGCUGGAAGUCGCUCCUCGGCGCAUUGGAAGGGCUGAAGCGGUUGGAGGUAGACUUCUCGAGGCUUGGGCCAGGUUUUUGGAGUGUAUUGACGGGGGAGUCGGAAGGAGGGGUCAAGACGAUGCAUACCUCCAAACCGUUGCUGGUCCCCAAGCUGGAGGUUAUCAAAGUUUCUGGUCUCCCUGGCACCGAGAUCGAGAGGGAGAUCAAGAGAAGAGCGGUCCAGAGUUGCCUUAGGCACUGGAUUGUGCGCUGGUCAACUGCGAUGAAGGGAGAAGAUUCCAUCCUCGAUGCUCUUGCGCAGAAUGGGUGUUGGGUUAGUGAGGAGGGAUACACCAAGGUGGCGGAGGCCGAUCAAAGGGUGUAUGUCAUAGUAGAAACCUUCGCAGAGGGAGAUGAAGAGGACGAUGACGAUGAAGGAGAAGAUCUCGAAGAAGAUGUGGAGACACCUGCUGACUCUGGCUCGGACGAAGCGGGGUCGGAUUCCGACUUGCCCUCGACGCCUUCGCCGAGUUCUGUUCAGACUCAUAUCAUCGUGCCCAAUAGUAUUUAA